AUGUGUUGACGUUAUUUCUAUGCGCCCUUUCUAAGAAGGGCUUUUGACGAUGUUCGCUUUCUUUAGUGUGUGGUUUUGACACGAAUGAGUUUGGCAGCAGUUUGGAUUAAUGCAUUGAGUUAACGAACCGUUAGCUACGAUACUGUGCCGUAGCCGUUUCUGUGAAGAUUCGUUUAUCUGAUUGUAUUACUCCCAGUGAGUGAAAGUGAUGGCGAAUGACCGACUGAGAGCUUUGGAGGAGGUUGAGAAUCAAAUUGCAACGAUUCUGCAGUGCGCCGGUAACAUCGUGUUGGAGCUGUCUAAAGACAAGCACAAUGCCAGUUUCCUGGACAGACAGCUUAGUCAGUUUACUGGCUCAGUCAGCAGAGUGGAGACUGAACUCAGCUCACAGAUCAAAUACCUCACACAGGUUGCCACAGGCCAGCCCCACGAAGGCUCCACAUACUCAGCUAGGAAGGACUGUCAGAUGGCCCUGAACAGAGCAGAGUACGCCAGGGUCAAACUGGGAGAGCUGGGACGCACCUGCGAAGUCAUGCUGGAUCCACAACCCUGAGAGAAAACAGUCACACCAGAAAGAUGGUCUGGAUUGUUUUUCAUUUUUCUAUGAUAUUAGUCAGAAAAUGUAUCUGGCUAUGUUUUGUAAUAAAGUUAGUGUUUCGUUACAUUUCCCUAUUUGUUUGAUACAUUCCUUCAUAUUGUAUACACACAGUACACACUAACAAAUAAACACACUGAGACCUGUUUUGUAUGUUAACUGUUUUUAAAAAUGGACAUUUUCUAAAAUGCAGUACAAAAUGAAGAAGCGACAUAUAUUCUCCAAUGCUUUUUAAACCUUUUUACAUUUUUUUUUGCAUUGUGAUUUUGUUCAAUUUUAUUGACUAAAAUAACAUAUUGCUUAUACAGUAUCUUGGUUUCCUUAAUAACAAUAUACUUUGUCUUACUUUAUCUGUGAAUUUAUUAAAUUAUCAGGUAGCGUUUAAGUAUAGUUCUCUAUGAAUCUCAAUUUUAGCAGUAGUAAUAGUUGUAGUAGCUUAAAUUUGUCCUUAAAAGAAAAUAGAAAUCUUGACUCAAUAGUUACAAUAGUCUACAAACCAACAUGAUUCCGUGCAUUUCCAUGGAUACCUCAACUAAGGUGGAA